UUUGAAGCGGAACUCUCCGAUCGCCUAUCAGCUCAAUCACCAGCCGAAGGACUUAAUAAACACUGGAGGCAAAUCAAGGAAGCUAUGCAAAUGUCGAUAAAAACAACGUCGGACCCUGCCACAAGCUCAAAACACAAACGAUGGAUAUCGUCCACCUCGAUUGCCCUGCUGGAAGCUCGCAGAACCCUCCCUCCCGAUGCCACAUAUGGCACAGCGCGCAAAUCCCUCAAACGCCAGUACGUGGCUCCUUCUGGGUCAGUUUACUUCGACACCAAUCGCUUUGCCAGUGACCCGAAACACUUUUAUGCCAAGCUCGUCCCAACUGCAUAUGGGGAUAUCGAUCAGUUAGCCACUGGUGAGGGAGAGCUGUCCUCGGAUGGAGAGAAGCGGUCGCAAAACGAUUUUGCCUUGUGGAAGGCUUCUAAGCCAGGCGAACCAGCUUGGCCCAGCCCAUGGGGUCAAGGAAGACCGGGUUGGCACAUAGAGUGUUCGGUAAUGGCGAGUUGUGUUUUUGGUGACUCCAUGGACAUCCAUUCUGGUGGUGUGGAUCUUAAGUUCCCGCAUCAUGAUAAUGAACUAGCUCAGUCCGAGGCGUGCUUCGGGCAUUCUCAUUGGGUUCAAUAUUUUUUGCAUUCGGGGCAUUUGACGAUAUCUGGUUGUAAAAUGUCGAAGUCACUGAAGAACUUCAUCACUAUUCGUGAUGCCCUGAAGGAACAUUCUGCAAGGCGUCUUCGUCUUACUUUUCUUCUACAUUCCUGGCGAGACACAAUGGAUUACAGUCCAGACACAGUCGCGGAAGCCAUUAGUUAUGAGAAGACCUUGACUGUGAGUGACCAUUCUCUACGAUCGUUAUCGUUAGGUUCACGGUUCCAUAGAUAUUUAAGUCGUUUUGAAUCAAAUUGCUUUAGCUCAGUGGGUUAUAUAUGCACGGUGUUUAUUGUAACACUACCUGGAGAACUCAUAUCCAUCGUGGAUGUCGUCCGCGUCCACUUGACGCCAAACGUACUCAGGUUGAGUCCUCAUAAUCUUUUUUAG